GUUACGAUUUGGGAUUUCCAAUCAUCAUUUUCGUCAUGGCUAUCCGACUCCAGUUUGAGAACUCAUGUGAUAUUGGGGUUUUCUCGAAAUUGACAAAUGCAUAUUGCUUGGUUGCAACUGAAGGACCAGAGAACUUCUACAGCAUAUUUGAAGCUGAGCUAGCAGGUAUUAUCCCUUUGAUUAGAACAUCCAUAGCAGGCUCUAGAAUAAUUGGACGACUAUGUGUUGGAAAUAAGAAUGGCCUUCUCUUGCCACAUAAUACCACAGACCAAGAGCUUCAACACUUGAGAAACAGUUUGCCUGAUCAAGUUGUUGUUCAACGCGUCGAAGAGAGACUAUCUGCUCUAGGGAAUUGCAUUGCUUGCAAUGACCAUGUUGCUCUUGCUCAUACUGAUCUUGACAAGGAAACUGAGGAGAUAAUUUCAGAUGUUCUUGGAGUUGAAGUAUUCAGGCAGACAAUUGCAGGAAACAUUCUUGUGGGCAGUUACUGUGUCUUCUCCAACAGAGGUGGAUUGGUCCAUCCCCAUACAUCAGUGGAAGACUUGGAUGAGCUUUCAACUCUCCUUCAGGUUCCACUGGUGGCUGGGACUGUAAAUCGGGGUAGUGAAGUAAUCGCCGCUGGCAUUACCGUAAAUGACUGGACAGCAUUUUGUGGGUCGGACACCACAGGAACAGAGCUAUCUGUCAUUGAGAGUGUCUUAAAGUUGAGAGAAGCACAACCUAGCUCCAUUGUUGAUGAGAUGAAGAAAUCAUUGAUUGACAGUUAUGUUUGGGUUUAAUCUCCACAACUAUGCUGGCAGUUUGUGUAGAAAAAUUACAAUUGCAUUU